UUUUUCUCUGCGCGAAACUUUUUUUGUUUUCUCUCCUCGCCCUCGCUCUUAUCCUCCUCUCCUUCUUUAUCAACCACCCUCCUUCUUCCCUACCCGCUCCUCACCACAUCCACCACAAUCAAAAUGUCUGCCCCUGCUGCUACUUACAAGGUCGCCGAUAUCAGCCUUGCUGCCUUCGGUCGCCGCGAGAUUGAGCUCGCCGAAAACGAGAUGCCCGGUCUCAUGGCCACCCGCGCUCGCUUCGCCACCGCCCAGCCUUUGAAGGGCGCUAAGAUUGCUGGAUGUCUCCACAUGACCAUCCAGACUGCUGUCCUCAUCGAGACCCUUACUGCUCUCGGUGCCGAGGUCACCUGGUCGUCUUGCAACAUUUUCUCCACCCAGGACCACGCCGCUGCCGCUAUCGCUGCCGCUGGUGUCCCCGUCUUUGCCUGGAAGGGAGAGACCGAGGAGGAGUACCUCUGGUGUAUCGAGCAGCAGCUCAAGUCCUUCAAGGACGGCGGCAAGCUCAACCUCAUCCUCGACGACGGUGGUGAUCUCACCUCGCUCGUCCACGCCAAGUACCCCGAGCUUCUCGAGGGCUGCUUCGGUCUGUCUGAGGAGACCACCACCGGUGUCCACCAUCUCUACAAGAUGAUGAAGGAGGGCACCCUCAAGGUCCCUGCCAUCAACGUCAACGACUCGGUCACCAAGUCCAAGUUCGACAAUUUGUACGGAUGCCGUGAGUCGCUCGUCGACGGAAUCAAGCGUGCUACCGACGUCAUGAUUGCCGGUAAGACCGCUGUCGUUGCCGGAUUCGGUGAUGUCGGCAAGGGCUGCGCCAUGGCUCUCCACAGCAUGGGUGCCCGCGUCAUCGUUACCGAGAUUGACCCUAUCAACGCUCUCCAGGCCGCUGUCUCUGGAUACCAGGUCAUCCCCAUGGAGGAGGCUGCCCCCAUCGGCCAGAUCUUCGUCACCACCACCGGCUGCCGUGACAUCAUCACCAGCGAGCACUUCUCGGUCAUGCCCAACGACGCCAUUGUCUGCAACAUCGGCCACUUCGAUGUCGAGAUCGACGUUGCCUGGAUCAAGGCCAACGCCACCUCGGUCGUCAACAUCAAGCCCCAGGUCGACAGAUUCUUGCUUGCCAACGGCAGACACAUCAUCCUCCUCGCCGAGGGCCGUCUCGUCAACCUUGGCUGCGCCACCGGCCACUCGUCGUUCGUCAUGUCGUGCUCGUUCACCAACCAGGUCCUUGCCCAGAUCGCUCUCUUCAAGGUCAACGACCAGAAGUUCCGCGAGGAGUUUGUCGAGUUCGCCAAGACCGGCCCCUUCGACGUCGGUGUCCACGUCUUGCCCAAGAUUCUUGACGAGACCGUCGCCCGUCUCCACCUUGACCACCUUAACGUCAAGUUGACCCCUCUUAGCGCCGUCCAGUCUGAGUACCUCGGCAUCGCCCCCGAGGGACCUUACAAGUCUGAGAUCUACCGUUACUAAGCGUGCGGUGUUUGACCAGCGCGGUCGCUCGCUUAUAGAUCAUAGCAGAUACAUUACGCAACUCUUAUUUUUGUCUCAGAGUAUGAGAAUUGUCUAGAUCUAGAGCAGGAAAGAUGUGUGUGAAGCUAAACCUGGAACGGAAUGAAUGAAUUGGGGUACAUGAGUAUUGUAUAUCUACCUUCUUACAACGGCGUUUAUGUUUGGCUUUUCGACAUUGCUUUUUUUGUUUUAUGUGAAGAGAAGGAGAUAGAUGAGAUGAGAUUAAGCUAGGCUAGGAUCUAUAAGCUAUAUAUAGUUUUCUAUUAUAAUAAAAAAGUUGAUUUUUCUAA